ACUUGGACAGGCUAGUGCGGAGAACCGAACUUAAAUUAUUUUCCCUAAAGAUGUGGUUGUGUUUCGUUACAAAUUCCGCGGUUGACGAAUAACACAUUACAGUAAUAACUGAACAAACGUCUAAAACGGCUUAUGAUUGUACUAACACUCAUCUAAAGCAAAAAAAGGAUGGCACGGGUAGUUUUCCUCCAUCCUGACCUUGGUAUUGGGGGAGCAGAGCGGCUGGUGGUCGAUGCCGCCGUUGCUCUGAAGUCUCAGGGAUGUAGCGUUCAGAUCUGGACGGCCCAUUAUGACCCAACACAUUGCUUCUCUGAGACCCUCGAUGCGGAGCUUCCUGUGGUGUGUGUGGGUGACUGGUUACCCACCAGUGUGUUUGGCUACCUGCAUGCCCUGUGUGCCUACCUGAGGAUGAUCUAUGUGGCCCUCUACCUGGUCUUCCUUAGCGGCGUGGAAUAUGACGUCAUCUUCUGUGAUCAGGUGUCGGUGUGUAUCCCAGUGUUACGACUGGCUCGCAGCAGGAAGAAGGUUCUGUUCUACUGUCACUUCCCAGACCAGCUGCUGACUCAGAGGAAGUCGGCCCUGAAGAAGCUUUACCGUACUCCCAUCGACUGGCUGGAGGAACGAACCACAGGCAUGGCUGAUAUGAUUCUGGUAAACAGCCAGUUCACCGCAGGCAUCUUCAGGGAGACUUUCCGCAGUCUGAGCGGAGUCCAGACAGAUGUCCUCUAUCCCUCCCUUAACACGCGUAUCUUUGACGAGGCAACCACUGGAGCUCAGAGCCUGGAAGGACUGCUCCCCGAAGGAACUACCUGUCUGUUUCUCUCUCUGAACCGAUACGAAAGGAAGAAGAAUUUAGGCCUGGCUCUGGCAGCUUUGGCAACCCUGAGGAGCAGCCUUCCUCCUGGCCAGAGAGCAGGCAUUCACCUGGUGGUGGCAGGAGGCUAUGACGAUCGCGUCACUGAGAAUGUUCAGCACUACACUGAACUGAAAGAGCUAGCAGCACAGCUUCACUUGGAGGACUGUGUUACUUUCCUCCGCUCCCCCUCAGAUUCGCUGAAGGUGGCGCUGCUGCGGGGCAGCACCGCCGUCCUCUACACCCCUAGCAGAGAGCAUUUUGGGAUAGUUCCUGUGGAGGCCAUGUACUGUUGCUGCCCCGUUAUCGCUGUGAACUCUGGGGGGCCCCUGGAAAGCGUGGCAGACGGGGAGACGGGCUUCCUGUGCGAGCCCACGGCCGAGGCCUUCUCUAAGGCCAUGGAGAGGCUCGUCAGGGAGCCACACCUCCGCAGGGACAUGGGACAAGCUGGGAGGAGGAGGGUAGAAGAUAAGUUUUCUCUUCAAGCCUUCUCAGACCAGCUGUAUGGAUACAUUGUCAGGCUGAGCCAGUGAUGUGAAGGCUGGAGGAGAGCCAGGAGAAAACUUGUGAAGAAAUGAUCGUCUGCUGAACAGUGAAGCUGAGUAUGGAUGGCUCGGCACUACAGAGAGUUGGAGCAAGGAUGUAUGUGUAUAUGUGCAAGGAGGUGGGGGAAGUAUCAUGAGGACUUGGAGGACUAUUAAUCAGCAUUCCCCUGGAGGGGUUGCUGUGAGGGGGAAAAAAGGACGGAAUUUCUAUACCAAUUAAGAAAAGACUAACGAGUUUUCCAAUCCUAUCUUUACAAAAAUACCAACCUAGCAAGUGUGUUCUUGUGUGUGAAGUUGAGGGUGUGAAGCAGCGUGGCAACCAAGAGCCUCCAAAUGAGUCUACCUAAAGGAUUGAUUGUUAGAGUGAAAUGUUUUGCACUGUGUCUGAGUGUGUGUGUGUCUGUCUGUUGUUUUCUUUUCUACAGCACUCUUUGUCUUUGUGUGUUUUGGGGAUGAAGAACAAGAAUGUCGUUAUCACGGUGUGCCAUCGGGCAGCGCACAGUCGCCGAUCGAUAAGCAGGAUGCGUUCCACUACUUCUGCUCGGAGCUUUGUUCCCCGGCAUGUAUUCAGAAGACGCCGGCCUGUCCAUGACUCUUACUACUGCGUGGAGGUUAUUAGUAGAUGAUAGAGAGUGUUUGGCUUUAUUAGAGGUCUGGCUGAUGGGCAGUGUGCCUGUGCCUGUGUCUGGGUCAUUAUCAACGAGGAGAAUAGCGGGAGGUCAUUGUGUCUGUGCGCUGCCCUCUUCAGCCUUCCUACUGUAUAGAAAUGCUCUUAUUGACAUUCCUGAAGUCUUAAUAAACAAGAGGACACAUAG